AAAGGAAAAGUGGUGCAAGAAUACGAGAACAAAGGUGCUAGAGAGGUGCUCCCACACUGACAGUGAAUUUUUGUGUGUGAAUAGGUGGACUGAAUUGGUGGCAAGGAAAGCGACCGCGUGAAAGGAAGAGAGUGAGUGCCGCGAGGAGUACGACGGACGGUGGAGGAUGUCGAUCAACUGACACCCACGCAGAUGAAAAUUUUGCUUCCUACACACAGAGUAGCAACAACGGUGGCAGAGCAUAAGCAGAAAAAACUGGAAAAUUGAUUUCUAUACAAAUCAAAGUGCAAUAGUGAAGUGAUAGAAUAUUAAGGACUCCUUAAGUAACUGUGUGUUUGUGUGCAAAUUAUAUCGCAGCCGAUUUGAGUGUGGAACAAUCUUCUGGAUAAAGUUAACCUACCGUACCUAAUUAGGAUCCAUCCAGGGUGCACAAGCAACAACCAUGCACACCUUCCUAUUACCGCUGUUUGGCCUGAUGGCCUUAGGUAGUGCAUCACUGAGCUAUCCGGUGUUCGGUACUAAGCGGUACACUCGAGCAAAUCUACUUCCAGCAAACGAUUACGGAAGCUCCCUAACGGUGCCAGUGUACUCCCCCGUCCAACAGUACUACGAUCAACAGCCACAACAGUACCUGUCGAUGCCGUCGUACUCGAUGGGGCCCGCCGCUUCGGAUUACUACGACGACAGUGGCUAUUACAAUAGUAAUAAUUACUACUACAACCCUCCCGUGCAGCGGCGACACCAAAGACAGGACCGAUACCCUUCGUACGGACUUCCAACGUACCGCGGCGAGUACAAACCUACCCCGUACUACUACGCACACGCUCCCAGCUAUAGCUACACGGACGACCACGAGUCCAACAAUCCCCUGGAUGACCUGCACGAAGAAAUGCUCCAGGAGGACGAACGCGAGCGUGCGCGAGACUAUCAACCCGUAGGUCAAGAACAAUGGUACGAAAGUCCCUCGCAACAUUCUCCCGAUUCCGCCUUCCUGCGCAACCUCAUCAUGUACAACAAUCAGAUGAGUUCGCUACGCAAUAAGCAAUUUGACUCGAACGAAUACUACGAGGAGUACGAAGAUGUGGAACCGGACUACUACGACACCCCGUACGCUGACAAUCGAAACACCUAUAACAGCUACGUCAACCCGUACACUGGCAGCACCAGCACUGGCAACAGUAAUAACCAAAAUCCACUUAACAAAAUCAGCAGCUUGCGAAACAACAUGGCCAAGAACGCCGUAGAAGACGACGAAGAAGUGCAGGAACUGAAAUCUCUCAUCCAUCAACAGAAGAACAGUCGACUGCUGCAUCAGCAGCAGCAGCAGCAGCAACAACAACAACAACAACAACAACAACAGCAACAGCAACAGCAACAGCAACAACAACAACAACAACAACAACAACAACAGCAACAGCAAAGACAACAACAACAACAACAACAACAACAGCAGCAGCAGCAAUCGUUUGAGAAGCAAACCCCCUCCCCAAUCCAGGACAUCAAACAGCACCAGCAACGGUCCCUAGCCAACGACUACCAACAGUACACCAACACCGACAGCUGGCAGCAAGACAGUCCAGCCUACAAUACCUACGACUACGACAGCGAAUACGACGAUAGCUGGACUCAUUGGGAUAGCAAACGCAACGUUCAACCGAAGAAGCUAAUCCUACCGACGGCACCGACGACGACGACGACAACUUCUGCUCCUACGACAACAACCACCGAAAAACCCAAGGUUGAAAUCGUACAAGGCCACAACGGGCAGAAAGAGGUGGUGCUACCACGACCGGCUGCACCGAUCCGGAAUCCGUUUGCCAAUGUGAUUCCACAGCGGCCACAGGCGGUCAACAUGGUAGCCCAACAAACCCACAAAGCCAAGACGGCCGGGUCACCAUCGUCGUCAUCGUCGUCGUCCUCCACUAGCACCAGUGUGUACGACACGAUCAAGAAGAUUAUCAACAUGCAGCAGAAUCUGGAGGACGCCGAACUCCGCCAGCAGCUAGACAGCCAACGGCACAAGGGUCGUGUCAACAAGCGGUUCGUCUCCACGGCCGAAUCGCUCGUACAGCAACUGGACGGUCUCAAACGGACGGCGUAAAUCCAACCUAACACCCAGGACAAAAAAAAACAAACCUAAGGUUAAGCUAUUAUUUUCUCCAAAGUUGCUAACUUCUCUUCUUCCACUUUCACCGCCUGCUUCAUUUCACUUACUUGAUAAUCCUCUGAUACGCCCGAUUUUCCCAAAAAGUACACACAGUAACCUUCCUUUUGAAUUACACCGUCGCUAAAUUUUGCGACAUCAAACGAAAAGUUCAACCUUCUUACAAAAUAACACAACAAAAUGGUGAUAGUUAUCAUAAAUGUGGUUUGUUCCAAAGUUUUUCCUUUGCACUUCAGAAGCGUUGCAUCAUUGAAAAAAAAAGCCUAAUUAUUGAAAAUAAAACGAUGAAGCGUUGUAGCUAACAACAUUCACACACACAUUCACACUGAGACACAAAAGAGAACACUGAUUGAGACUGAAUUUAUGUAAAUAAUUAUAAAUGAGUAUAACAAAGGUAUAUAUAUUUACGGACGAAAAGAGAAACAGGAUUCAAAUUGAUAUAUUUGAAAUUUUUAGCUCUAUUUAAGUCGAAUCUUUUUUCCUCGAUUUUUCCUAAGAAAAACUCUCUCCAUACUUGAACCGAACUUUUUACUGUAAAUACAUUUUCCCUCGAAUGCUCAUUGCCAAUCAAUUCAAGUUUUGAUUUUGAUUUUCAAUCAAUUGAAACUGAACCCGAGGUGACGCUCGCCGUCGGUCACUUUUACGAGUUGGACUAUUUGGAAAAAAAAAUAUGGAUUGACCGGCCGCGACCGUCGCCAGAAAACAGACUUCAGUAAACUAACGAUAGGAAAGAUAAUCGUGUCAAUUUUUAGCAACAAAAUCAAUAGUAGCUUUUUAUAUUUUACACUUUUGAGUCCUUCACUACAUAUAUAUUGAUAUAUUAUACACUAUGAGGUGCGUUUGUUGAAGUUGUUGUUGCCAGGGGGUACCACCUUCCCGCAUGCAACUCACAGCACACGCACCCAUCAAAGAACUGCUUCUCAAGCGCUCACCUUUUGAUCAAAUAAAAACAAACAAUACAUAAACAAAACUAUAAUCGUGUUUAAGAGGGAUAAUCAGACAGCGGAAAGAGACGAAAGACCCUUCCAAUGGCAGCUAGCGCCCAAAUUUAAUCAUGAUUAAAAGAAACGUGAGCCGAUCGACAAUCACCCCCCAUCGAUGGGUUCUACGAAUCACCCCUCGAAGGACGAUGAUUGUCGUGUAAAAAUCCAAUCAAGAAACUCAGCAGCAUUUUUGCAGAUCCGAUCGGUAAAAAAAACGACGAUUAUUGCAGCAACAGAAUAGUUAAGAUAACAAAAGAAAUCAGCAGCUAUUACCAACAAACAUUAUACUAUCUAUAUAUAUAUUUAUAGGGAAAUUGAACUGAUGUUUAGUGGACUAUCAAAUCCAGACAAACAAAGGAGAACAAAAAACUAAACAUAGCGUUGCCCCCCGUUCGGAAAUGCGGUUUUCGAGGAGGCCGACAUCAGUUAUCAGAAACCCGUCAGGGGGCGGCACCAACUUGUAUAUAGUAUCAAUCAAUCAGAUCAAAGAUAGUAGCCAAAAUCAAUCAUAUUUCAUUUUCUCAUAACUUUUCCACCCGCACAUAAAAAUGAACCUUCCAUCUUCUCCUUAACAUUUAACAUUUUCUGCCUCGCCAAUCUGUCCUAUCCCACCCACGCACUGAUUAACAUAAGCACACGCCUGCAAAACCAAAUUCCAAGCACCAGAUUCCGGGCCUGAGAACGGGCAGAAAAUUGAAAUGCCAUUUGCCCACUCACUCCAAGAGAGCACAUAAAAGAGGUAUCUAAAGAAUAGAAAAAAUGAUCGCCGCUCGAAGGACUAUGCAGGAGAAGGCCUAACGCAAAAUAAUAGCCAAACCCUUAACCCAGGCUUUUAAAUUGAAAAAAAAAACUUAACAAUACCCUAACUACAGAAAAAUUCAAAAACAAACACGAGAGCAAGGACUGCAUUUA